UCCAAAUUCCAUCAUUCAUUCAUUCAUUCAUUCAUAUUUCCACUAUUCUCUUUGGGCUAUUUAUACAUCUUUUCUAUCUCUCUCGCCGGCGCUGCAAAUCCCUAGAUUUCUCUCCUCUUCUUCACUCCCCCUCCCCAAAAAAACACCACAAAUAUAUAUAUAUAUAUAUAUUUUGAAUUAUAUUAAUCCCAAUUUUAACCUCAAUUUCUUCGUUGAUUUGAUUGAGAGAGAGAGAGAGAUAGAGAUAAUCUCGAUUUCAAUUAUCAUUUGAUGCCGUGAAUUUUUCCUCUUAAUCAGAUUCAUAAAAAGUUGAAGGGGAUGGUUAGCUGCUACCGUAAUCCUUUCGUCGUCGUGAAGGUUGAGAAUUAAACUCUUGGGUUUUGUGAGUAACUUUCGGAUCAGCUCUACCAGUUUUUGGUUUUGUAACUAAGAUGGAUCGGUGCGAUACCUCAGGAUUUGUAAGCGGCGGUGGAGAUGCUUAUAAGUUGUGACCAUGCAUACUAGAUUCCAAAACAGUGCUUUUGCUGGUGGUAAUUCCUCAUCAUCCAACAACUCUUUUAAGAUACUGGGCCGUUCUCUUCAAGUUGAUGUCGCCGAGGCCGAGGCCGCGGAUACUACGCUGCGUCUUGAUUCCCUUGCCUCUCCGCUGUCUAAUGCCAAGGGAAUCAAAAGGAAGUGGAAUCUGAUCGAUGGAUCUGAUCCUUUACUCUCCUUAAGACUCGGUCACUCAACAAGCUCUUCUGAUAGCAAAGGGAGUUCUGCAACUGCUUGCACGAGUUUAUCUUCUGCUAAAGAAACUGAGGAGGCAUCAUCUAUGGAUAUUGAGCUCGACUUUACUCUCCAUCUUGGCAACGAGAAACUGACAGCAAGUAACAAAAAGCCAGCUAACUCCAACGUGAAAGGGUUGUUGCAGGUCCCCUCCUCGAAAUUUGAUCUUGAAUUGAGUCUUUCUGGUGGAGUAUCCUGUCAAUCUGAGAUCACUGCGGUCCAGCAGCACGCCAACCGGUUUCAAACUCUUGCGAACAUGCUGCGUGCAAGUAACGAAGAAUCCACAUCAUGUGGUUGGAGGUCAGGGUUUGGAUUACCAACAUUGCAAGCCUCGUCAAGCAAAGAAACGAGCUCUUUCUCAGGCCAUGUUCCAAAGAAUAUCAUCAUUCCUGCUGCUCAUGUUCUGGAACUGUCAUCUAGCACGGCAACAACUACUCCAAUAAGCUCGGGUACAUGUACUUCCGGUUUAUCUCACCAGCUGAAGCCACAGCUUAAGAAUUCUUCUAAUUCCAAGUUAUGUCAAGUAGAAGGAUGUCAAAAGGGAGCAAGAGGCGCAUCCGGCCGUUGCAUUUCCCAUGGUGGUGGACGUAGAUGCCAGAAACAUGGUUGCCACAAGGGCGCUGAAGGUAGAACUGUGUACUGUAAAGCCCAUGGAGGUGGUCGUCGAUGUGAAUUUCUCGGAUGCACCAAAAGCGCAGAAGGCCGUACUGACUUCUGUAUAGCUCAUGGAGGGGGUCGAAGAUGCAGCCAUGAAGAUUGCACACGAGCUGCUAGGGGAAGAUCAGGACUCUGUAUCAGGCACGGUGGAGGAAAGAGAUGCCAAAAAGAGAACUGCACGAAAAGCGCUGAAGGCCUUUCAGGACUCUGCAUCUCUCAUGGUGGUGGUCGGCGAUGUCAAUCUAAUGGAUGCACAAAAGGAGCACAAGGGAGUACAAUGUUCUGCAAGGCACACGGUGGUGGUAAACGAUGUACACACUCGGGUUGCACCAAAGGAGCAGAAGGAAGCACGCCGUUUUGUAAAGGACAUGGAGGGGGUAAAAGAUGUGCCUUUCAAGGAGGUGAUCCAUGUUCCAAGAGUGUUCAUGGCGGUACCAAUUUCUGUGUGGCUCAUGGCGGUGGUAAGAGAUGUGCGGUUCCCGAAUGCACAAAGAGUGCUAGAGGAAGGACUGAUUUCUGUGUCAGACAUGGUGGAGGAAAGAGAUGCAAGUCUGAAGGAUGUGGCAAAAGUGCUCAAGGUAGUACUGACUUUUGCAAAGCACAUGGAGGAGGGAAACGGUGUGCGUGGGGUCAGCCCGAGACUGAGUAUGCGGGACAGUCCUCUUCUGGUCCUUGUACCUCGUUUGCUCGAGGUAAGACUGGUCUUUGUGCGCUCCAUAACAGUCUGGUUCAGGAUAACCGGGUCCAUGGAGGAAUGACUGUAACUUCCGAGAGCCAAGAACCGAGAGUAAGCAGCAGCGAAACAGAGAACGAGGAGGAGUUCAGCGGUUCACAAGACAUGAACAUCGAUACAAUGAAAGCAAGAAGUGCUACAGGAUCUCCGGAGACUGAUGUUGAUCUCAAUGAGUAUGAAGCAGGAUUGGGGUUAGCUCCAGAAGAAAGAGUCCAUGGUGGAAGUUUGAUGAUGGCGAUGUUGGGCAGAGAUGGUUGCUCUGGCUCUACCGAUGGGAAGGUGAGGCCAAAGAGGUGGAUGUAAGUUGUCUUCAGUUUGGUUCCAGUUUGGUUUCAGUAUGUUGCCACCAGAGAGUGAAAAGGGGAGUCUGUUUAUUCUAGUUUUAGGUUUGCUUAGAGAGUCGAAAAA